GCGGCAGCCGGCGGGCUCGGAAGUCGCGGGCCGCGGAGCGCGCGAGCGAGCGAGCGAGGAGGGCCGAGGACGGCCGGGCCGGGCCGGGCGGCGCAGGUGCUUCCUGGUGACAGUCAGAGGUCUCAAGCAACAUGCCGGAGCAGAGCAAUGACUACCGUGUGGCUGUGUUCGGCGCAGGGGGCGUUGGCAAGAGCUCACUGGUGCUGCGCUUCGUGAAGGGCACGUUCCGGGAGAGCUACAUCCCCACGGUGGAGGACACCUACCGGCAGGUGAUCAGCUGCGACAAGAGCAUCUGCACGCUGCAGAUCACGGACACCACGGGCAGCCACCAGUUUCCGGCCAUGCAGCGGCUGUCCAUCUCCAAGGGCCAUGCCUUCAUCCUGGUCUACUCCAUCACCAGCCGGCAGUCCUUGGAGGAGCUCAAGCCCAUCUACGAACAAAUCUGCGAGAUCAAAGGGGACGUGGAGAGCAUCCCCAUCAUGCUGGUGGGCAACAAGUGCGACGAGAGCCCCAGCCGCGAGGUGGAGAGCGGCGAGGCCGAGGCCCUGGCCCGGAAAUGGAAGUGCGCCUUCAUGGAGACCUCGGCCAAGCUCAACCACAACGUGAAGGAGCUCUUUCAGGAGCUGCUCAACCUGGAGAAGCGCAGGACCGUGAGCCUCCAGAUCGACGGGAAAAAGAGCAAGCAGCAGAAAAGGAAAGAAAAGCUCAAGGGCAAAUGCGUGGUCAUGUGAAGGCCGGUCCGUGGGAGGAGCCGUGGCGUGUCCCCCCCGACCCCGUCCUGUCCCCUUCCCCUCCCCACGUGACACCCCCCGUCGUCAGGGUAGCAUGUAUGAUGCCCACGUGUUCAAUAUCGCCUUUGGACUGAGGUGGCCCUGUUGUCCCCGAGAGGGCCUAUCACACCACCACCAAUAAGCACCCCCUCUCCAGAAUCAGGGAUUCUGCCCAGAGGCUCAGAUGGAGGCCGCUGUGCCCAGCAUCGCAGGGAACUGAGAGAGGCGCCGGCCGUCUCUGAAGGCGGCUCAUCCCGGAGGAGGCAUCGGGCCGGCAGCCACGGGAGCAGCCUGGGCUGGGGGAAGCAGGUCCCAUCUGCAUGCGUGUGACAGCGUGUGACCCUGCACCUGCCCACCCCCCCCAAGACCAGGCCUUUCCCUCCGCUUGCUUAGGGGCUGGACACCCUCGGGGGCGGGAGGGGCGGGAGCCCAGGCCAACGUUGUUCCAUUUCAGGUCCUUUAGCUGAAUUACAGAUAACACGGCAUGGCAUCUCCCCGAGGGUGCUCACUGUCGGGUCCCUGACCCGUGAGCCUCGCCGCUCUAAGGGGAGGCACUCCCAUCACUAGACCUAGUUAGCAGGUGUCCCUGUCACCUUUUGGAGUAUUUAUUUCACCUACAAUGAUGAGUUCACAAAGGGCAUCCUGCUGGGUCAGAGACCCUUCAGGGUGGGAGUGAAUAGAUGUUUUGACAUGACUAGCGCAGCAUGGUAACGCUCUGUGUGUUACCCUCGAGAGUUCUAGAAAUGUGCUUUUUCCUUCCUUUGACCCAUGAGGGGUCUGCUUCUUGCAGCCCCUCAGAUUUUAAAUAAAUGCGAUUAAAGUAGCUAGUUUUAGACAAUUAUUUUCCCUCCAAGAUGGUUUCCUUGUUUUCAGUAACUCCAUUUGUAUCCAGCUGGGAGCAGCCGACAGAGGCCAUCCGGAGACCAGAAGCACAUCCGUUUUCUAAAUCACAUGGAUAUCUAUACGCCAUACUUGGCAGCUCAAAGAAAUACCUUGAAACAGAAGUUGUUCACCGUGUUUUUGAUGGUCUGUCUAUAACAAAAGUAUAUUCCUGGAAAACAUGUUCAAGUAAUAGAUUAUCUUGCAUGCUCCAUUACCAGUGUCUUCUAAGAGCCGUUCAA